AUGGAGGGUCAUUGCACGAUCAGCAACAAAACUGGCAGGAACAAGAAAAAGAAAAGUGAAGGUCUUUUUGAACGAAGUAAUAGGAAUGCCCACACUGGGAAGACCCAGAGGAAAAGCUCUCAGUAUAUAAAGACUCAGAAGAUUCGCCUCACCAAACGUCAACAGUUUUACACAGAAGACAAAAGAUUAAAAUGCUUGGAGGGGGAAAAGCAAUUCAGUUCCAACUCAGAACUUAACCAACAUCGAAGGAUUCACUCAGGUGAAAAGCCCUACAAAUGCCUAGAGUGUGGAAAGGGCUUGGCUUGCAGCACACACCUUAAGCUGCAUCAGAGAACACACACAGGGGAGAAGCCCUAUGAAUGUCUAGAGUGCGGAAAGAGCUUUGAUCACAGGGCAAACCUUAGGCUGCAUCAAAGAACACACACAGUGGAGAAGCCCUAUCAAUGCCUAGAAUGCGGAAAGAGCUUCAGUCAGAGUGGCAACCUUAAUAAACAUCAAAGAAUUCACACAGGGGAGAAGCCCUAUGAAUGUCUGGAGUGCGGAAAGAGGUUUGCUUGCAGCACACACCUUAAGCUGCAUCAAAGAACUCACACAGGGGAGAAGCCCUAUCGAUGCCUAGAAUGCGGAAAGAGCUUCAGUCAGAGUGGCAACCUUAAUAAACAUCAAAGAAUUCACACAGGGGAGAAGCCCUAUCGAUGCCUAGAAUGCGGAAAGAGCUUCAGUCAGAGUGGCAACCUUAAUAAACAUCAAAGAAUUCACACAGGGGAGAAGCCCUAUGAAUGUCUGGAGUGCGGAAAGAGGUUUGCUUGCAGCACACACCUUAAGCUGCAUCAAAAAAUUCAUACAGGGGAGAAGCCCUACAAAUGCCUAGAGUGCAGAAAGAGCUUUGCUUGCAGCACAAGCCAUAAGCAGCAUCAAAGAAUUCAUACAGGGGAGAAGCCCUACAAAUGCCUAGAGUGCAGAAAGAGCUUUGCUCACAACAAAAGCCUUAAACUGCAUCAAAGAACUCACUCAGGAGAAAAGCCCUACAAAUGCCUAGAGUGCGGGAAAAACUUUCCUAGCAGAACAAACCUUAAGCAGCAUCAAAGAAUUCAUACAGGGGAGAAGCCCUACAAAUGCCUAGAGUGCGGAAAGAGCUUUGCUCGCAGCACGCACCUUAAGCUGCAUCAAAGAACUCAUACAGGGGAGAAGCCCUAUAAUUGCGUAGAGUGCGGAGAGAGCUUUGCUCACAGCACAAGCCUUAAGCUGCAUCAAAGAACUCACACAGGGGAGAAGACCUACAAAUGCCUAGAGUGCAGAAAGAGCUUUGCUUGCAGCACACACCUUAAGCUGCAUCAAAGAAUUCAUACAGGGGAGAAGCCCUAUAAAUGCCUAGACUGCGGAAAGAUCUUUGCUCAAAGCACAGAACUUAACUUGCAUCAAAGAAUUCACACUGGGGAGAAGCCCUAUAAAUGCUUUGAGUGCGGGAAGAGCUUUGCUCAGAGCAGCUACCUUAAGCUGCAUCAAAGAAUUCACACUGGGGAGAAGCCCUAUAAAUGCUUUGAGUGUGGGAAGAGCUUUGCUCAGAACACACAGCUUAAGCAGCAUCAAAGAAUUCACACUGGGGAGAAGCCCUAUAAAUGCUUCGAAUGUGGGAAGAGCUUUGCUCAGAGCACACAGCUUAAUCGGCAUCAACAAAUUCACACUGGGGAGAAAACCUAUAAAUGCUUUGAGUGUGGGAAGAACUUUGCUCAGAACACACAGCUUAAGCAGCAUCAAGGAAUUCACACUGGGGAGAAGCCCUAUAAAUGCUUCGAAUGUGGGAAGACCUUUGCUCAGAGCACACAGCUUAAUCGGCAUCAACAAAUUCACACUGGGGAGAAAAUCUAUAAAUGCUUUGAGUGUGGGAAGAACUUUGCACAGAACACACAGCUAAAGCAGCAUCAACAAAUUCACACUGGGGAGAAAAUCUAUAAAUGCUUUGAGUGUGGGAAGAACUUUGCACAGAACACACAGCUAAAGCAGCAUCAAAGAAUUCACACUGGGGAGAAAACCUAUAAAUGCUUUGAGUGUGGGAAGAACUUUGCUCAGAACACACAGCUUAAGCAGCAUCAAGGAAUUCACACUGGGGAGAAGCCCUAUAAAUGCUUCGAAUGUGGGAAGACCUUUGCUCAGAGCACACAGCUUAAUCGGCAUCAACAAAUUCACACUGGGGAGAAAAUCUAUAAAUGCUUUGAGUGUGGGAAGAGCUUUGCUCCGAACACAAACCUUAAGCAACAUCAAAGAAUUCACACUGGGGAGAAGCCCUAUAAAUGCUUUGAGUGCAGGAAGAGCUUUGCUCAGGGCUACAUGAAGCAGCAGCAACAGCAGCAACAGUGA